ACAUCUCGGGCGCUAGGUUUGUGGUCGUUGCACAUGGGAUCCGUUCAGCAUCUUUUUCUGUUCGAGCACAUAACGGGGUUCGGGUUGUUUCGAGUUAAAGAAUUUGACGAAAUAACUAGUAGUUUUAAAGCUCAUCCCAAUGCUUUCAUCAAACCGAUUGCUUUUGUCCAUUUUAAGUCAGUCCAGGAGGCAGUAGAAAAUGUUCAAGCUAUCGUUAGUGGAAAUCUCUCUGAUGUGCUCAGGCAGUUUCUAAGAAGGAAUGUACCGCCGGCCGACUGCGUGUUGGGAGUCAGCGACGAAAAAUUGGGCAAAUCUAUACUGGCUUGUGAUUUUGGCUUCGAAUGUAUAUGGCAUGGAUCUGUUCACGAGGUUCUUCGGGUAAUAAGACAAAGUUUUGCCCGGUUGACACGUUCGCUGAUCACUCAACCUGGUGCUGCACUCUCCUUACCAAUGAUUGAUGAAAAAUUGAAACCUUCAACUAGCGCAGAUGAACUAAAACCUGGACUAGUCGCUGAAUCACGUGCACGGGUUGUUGUUAGCCUAGCACGUGCUCGUCUACAACUGGGAGUUGAACAUCACCUGGCUGAUACUGGGAUUGUUAAAGUACUAAUGCUGAUCGACGAAUUGGAUAAUUCCUUGACACAAUCAGCUUCGCGGUUAAGAGCUUGCUACAGUAUACACUUUCCAGAGGUGUGUCGACCACAUUUUAAAAAUCAAAUUUGUCUGGAUGAUAUGACUCUGGUCCAGUUGAUAGCCUACUCCCCACUUCGUUCUUCUAUAAUUUCAAGCUUUUCUGCUGGAAGUUUCACGUAUUUAGGUAGUGACAAACUUGCUUCCCUCAUUGCAACUGCUGCUCAAGAUUCUAUUGGAGCUGAGCUAAGUGAGGAAGACUGUGAAAACCUUCAAAAGUAUGCACAACGUUUAUUGCAAAUGAAUGAGGUAAAACAACGGUAUGUAGAUUCCUUGUCACGACGGAUAAGUAGUUUGUGUCCUAAUUUGCAUGCUCUUCUUCACUGUACACUUCAUUCAGGUGAUGAGGCAGAACAAGGAAAGGUUCCUAAGACUAAGGAUAAUUUGUCAUCUUGUUUGGUUACCGCACGUCUAAUAUCUAAUGCUGGUUCUUUCAAUCGACUUGCUUCUAUGCCUUCUACACGUUUACUGUCUUUAGGGGCAUCAAAAGGAUUAUUCAGGAAAAGUGGUGCUGUUGUGGCUACAUCUACAGGUCUUUUAUCAAACGCAACCAGAAUGUUGGAGGAUCCGAAAUUACCAACCGUUACAGACAAUCUUCAACCGGCAACUUCUAGUAUUUCCGCAGCUGAGUUGAAGGCUUUAAGUGCUAAUCGUGUACAGAGGGAUACAGUUCAUCGUCGUGCUGCUCGUCUACUUGCUGAUAAAUCAGUCCUCGCUUGUCGUGCAGACUGUUUUCGUCAACACAAUCCAAUUUACCAACAGCAAGGUAUUGCUUCACAACCUUGUGUUUCUGUUAUAGAAGAUGAACGACUCAAAAGUGGAGCAUAUGGUCAGUAUCUUGGAAAGACUGUACAAGAACACUUGAGGAUAUGGGCCGAAAAGAACGGGAUACAUACAGACAAGACCGAGGAACAAAAAAAGGCGCAGCGUGAAAGAAGGAAAAAGUAUCGGAAGCUUAAACGAAAGGCUUGGUUCGCCCGUAAACUUUCUAAAUGCACAGAGAAGCAGCUGUCAGAUGGUGUCAACAAAGAUAUUGAAUCUAUGGAUGUCGAUUCAGAUGGUUCGACACAGUUUAGAAUUAUCACUUCCCAAGCGGUAAACAAUGGAGAUACACUUAAUAAUGCGAAAACAGGUGACAGUUAUAACACAGAUUUGAAUGGUAGAUGUUUAGUAAACUCCAAUGAGCUCUUAAAUUCGUCAACAGAAAAAUCUUGUUUUCGUAAAAAAGGUCGGAGUGCAAAUCACUGCAACAAAUAAUUUCCGCUAAAUAAUAACAUUAUGAUUACAAAUUCUAUUGUAAAUAACUUGGACUUUGCAAGUUGACAUUUGAUUGUAAGGCAUUUUGCACAUAUAAAAAAUCUGAUUCUAAUGUCCAAAAAGUGAUAUUCCUG